AUGGAUAAUUCGGACACGGCAAACGCCGAUCAUGUCGAUGCAAUUAUGGACAACGCCCAAGUGAUCAGUUCCCGCUCUUCGAGAGCUUACCAGCUCGAGAUGCUGCGACGAAGCCUCAAAGACAAUGUCAUCGUUGCGAUGGAUACGGGAAGCGGGAAGACGCAAAUUGCCAUUCUUCGAAUACGGGCGCAACUUGAGUCCACUUCAGAUCAAAAGGUCAUUUGGUUUCUGGCCCCAACAGUUCUACUCUGCGCUCAGCAGUUCGAUGCCAUCAAGCUCGAGAUACCCUCAAUAUCUAUGCGCUUGGUAGUCGGAAGCGACAAUGUUCACACUUGGAGCUCAUCUACAUGGAAGUCCCUUCUAAAUGGGACUCAGGCAGUCGUGUCCACAUACCAAGUUCUGCUGGACGCCUUGGAUCAUGCUUUUGUCAAGCUGGACCGCUUGUCUUUACUGAUUUUCGAUGAAGCACACAACUGCGUCGGAUCCAACCCUGGUGGAAAAAUCAUGAAGCACUUUUAUCAUUACCAAGGACUACGUCAAGAUGCCGACGAUGGGUCCAAUCGACCUGCAAUAUUAGGUCUCACGGCUACGCCAAGCAUGAAGGCUCACAUCAAAGGCGUCGAGAAGCUCGAGCAGGUUUUAAACGCAAUAUGCGUUUCUCCCUCGCUUCAUCGCGAAGAAUUAUUAAAGCACGUCAAGCGACCACAGCUGAGAAUCAUUGAAUGCGAAACCGCUGCCACGGAGCACUUUACAGAAACCAUGUCUUCAUUGCACCAGGAAUGCGCGAAGAUGGACAUUCUAGAGGAUCCCUAUGUUGUCUCACUUUGCGCUCAAAAUGACGACAGAAGCAAGCGUUGUCUCGCGAAAGUUCUGAUUGAUGAGAAAACCUGGUCGCGACACCAGCUAUCCAGCCUCCUGAGCCGGUCUCGAAUCAUUCGACAGCUACUGGGCCCUUGGGCGGCAGACUUUUACAUCUGGAAAGCUAAGCGCUCAUUCCUCCAGAAUGUAAAAUCUACGGUCCCAAGUUUGGAUGGCUGGGUUCCGGAAGAAAAGCUCUACGUCGCAAGAAUUUUGCAGGACGUUGCGGCUCUGGAGCCAGCACCCCGCCCGAUCGGCUACGACAGCAUCUCAGACAAGGUUGGCUUAUUGCUGCGCGAGCUCAUAAUGCACAAAGGAGAUGUCACUGGGAUCAUAUUUGUACAGGAACGCGCUACCGCUGCUGUACUCGCCGCGCUUCUUCACUCGAUACCGAAGAUUCGGGAGCGGUAUCGUGUGGGAUGUAUGGUCGGGACCUCACACAAUCACCUUAGAAAAGCCAGCCUGUAUGAAGUGCUCGACUCCAGUGAUUGCAAAACUUUGCAAGACUUUCGAAGAGGAGAGGUCAACCUCCUCGUGGCAACCUCGGUUCUGGAAGAGGGCAUCGACAUACCAGCAUGCAAUCUGGUCAUUUGCUUCGAUAGUCCGAAGAACCCAAAAUCCUUCAUCCAACGCCGCGGGCGGGCCCGGAUGCAAGACUCCCAAUUGAUCAUUUUCACCCACCAAGGUCAUUCACUAACAGAUCACUGGGCGAUUUUUGAAGAUGAAAUACAAAAACUGUGCCAGGAUUCCGAGCGCGAACGGCAGCAGUUGCAGACUCUGGAGCGUCUAGACGAGGAUGUCGACUUUUGCUUUCGGGUACCACAUACUGGAGCUCGUCUUGACCCUGAAAAUGCUAAGCAGCAUCUGGAGCACUUUUGCCGUGUAAUAUCUUCACAAGAAUAUACGGAUGGUCGCCCAGAUUAUAUCACCAAGUUCACGUCAGGCGACCACGACCACGACCAGCUGGUCAGCGCCGAGGUCUUCCUACCUGCUUCACUGCCAACCAAGCUCAGACACUUUCAAUCAUUGCGCUCUUGGAGAUCAGAAGCCAACGCUAUGAAGGAUGCUGCUUUUCAGGCUUACUUGGCUCUCUACCAGGCUGGUUUGGUAAAUAAGAAUCUACUACCACUGGAGACGAACAUUGACUUUGACGUCGAAUCUCGAGCUCCAAUCAUCCCUGUCGAGCCAUUAUUCGAUCCAUGGACUGAAAUCGCAUCUGCUUGGUCGCAAGGGGAUUUCAGAUGGACUUACACAGUUCAGUUUCAGGAUGCGGAUGAGGCGUUGUUUGGAGUCUACAAUUUGACGCUGCCCAUUGAGCUUGGGCCGUUGCGCCCGAUCGAUCUAUAUCUCGACUACAGUACGAUGUGCAAGCUGGUCUUUUCGCCUCCGCAGCGCAUCUUGACAUCUCAAGCGGACGAAAUGGCAGAUGAUACGUCAACACUCAUCGCACUGCACUACUGCCAUCGCUGGGAUGGCUGGCCAAUGACGGCAGGAUCCCAUGUCAUCAAGUUGACUUCACACGACGGUUCGCUGAGCCUGAACGACAUUGGGAACCAACCAUUUGAUGCAAAUUCAUCUGCUGUUGCAAGCGGAAACUAUUUGAUCAGAGAUAGAAGAAGCAAAACACCGUCCAGGUAUAUUGGGGACCUCUCGUCAAAGCCGCCUGUUGAGAUGGUUCAAAAGCCCUUUCGGUAUUACGCCGACGCACCGGAUGAACCUUAUUUAAACUUGAUGCGAUGGACUCGCCGUUCUGAUUUUCUUCACUUGAUUGCUGUUGAUCCCGAGACACAAAGAGCAAGCCAAAAGCAGUACAUUACUGUCCUUCCAGUGUCCUUUGCUACAGUGGAUAGCAUUCACAUAAAACACGCCCGGUUCGGCAUGCUGAUACCAUCGAUUAUCCAUACGAUUGAAACGAUGCUCAUUGCGCGACAUCUUUCCGUCACAUUGCUCAAGCCGCUAGAAUUGACAGACUAUUCAUUGGUCAGAGACGCGAUCAGUGCCAGAAGCGCAUAUGAGCCAACAAACUACGAACGGCUGGAAUUCCUCGGUGAUUCCAUUCUCAAGUUUUGUGCUAGCAUGCAGGCUGGUGCAACAAAUUUGAGUUGGCCUGAAGGAUAUCUCACUAGGUACAAGGAUCGCCUGGUGGCCAACUCGAGGCUCUCGCGUGCUGCCGUGGAGACUGGUUUGGCAAAAUUCAUCUUGACAGUACCUUUUACAGCUCAAAAGUGGCACCCGUUUUUCCUCGAGACUAUCUUGUCAGGUAAAAUGAAACCGUUUAAAAAGCGGGAAAUGUCGACAAAAGUGCUUGCCGAUGUUGUUGAGGCGCUGGUUGGCGUAGCCUAUAUCGCGGGCGGUAUCCCCAAGGCCAUCCAGUGUCUGUCGAUAUUCAUCAACGAGUGCGAUUGGAUAGACCCUAGUGAAUGUAGGGAGGAAUUCUUUGCCUGUGCGCCGAGCCACUGUGUCGACUCCUCAUACUUGCAUAUCCUUGAGGAGCUCAUUGGCUAUUCAUUCACAAAAAAGUCUCUUCUUCUAGAGGCUACAACACACGCAUCGUACAUUGGCGACAUUUCUGGCCGGAGCUGGGAGCGCUUGGAGUUUCUCGGCGAUGCGGUUCUCGACUACAUGAUUGUUUCGAAGCUCAUGAACCGCAGUCCACCAUUACCACACUCCAGGAUGCACAUGAUCAAGACGGCCAUGGUCAACAAGGAUUUCCUGGCUUUUCUGAGCUUGGAGGAGCAUGAGUUGUCGCAGACUGAGUCUUUUGUCACGGAAGACGGGGUAGUCCUUACAACGAACAAGCGCAGUGCUCUCUGGCGCUUCAUAAGACACUCGUCCAGCGGCAUCGGCCCAGCCCAGUUGGAGACGGCGAAGCGGCAUGAAAAUCUGCGUCUCGAGAUUCUGCACGAGCUUCACCACGGAACUCAUUACCCUUGGCACAUACUCCUCAAGCAGCAAGCGAGCAAGUUUUACUCGGACCUGUUCGAGGCUCUGGUUGGCGCUAUAUGGGUGGACUCGGGCUCGCUGGCGACGUGCGAUGCGUUUCUCCGGCGCAUCGGCAUGCUGCCGUAUCUGGAGCGCGUCCUCGCCGACAGCUUGCACAUGCAGCAUCCAAAAGAGGAACUCGGAGGGCUGGCGCAGGCCCGCAGCCAGUUGUACGAGGUUGAAGAGGUCAAGGGAGGCGAUGGCAGGACAACUUACAACUGCAGGCUGCUUAUUGGGGGGGUCGAGGUCGGUGCUGAGCUCGGGGGCCAAACAGCGGAGGAAGCGAGAGUGGGAGCUGCGACAAAGGGCGUUGCGCACCUCAAGGCAGAGGCGGCAAUGCAAUCACAGGACAGAGUGAGCGGAGACUAA